AUGAACAAGAUGGCACUUGUGGAAACAUCCAUCUUACCAGUGGACAUCAUAGAGUCCCAAUUGUCCACUAUUGACCUCUUGAUGGCGAUGUUCCCGGCUCCAGGGGAGCUGGAAAUCCCCGAAUCCACAACGCAGUGCGUUGAGAAACUCCGUGAAUGGUGCGAGAAUCCGAAAGCCAUACCUUCUAAAAUCCCGUCAAGUAUAUCUCUCUCCGUCUGUCUACCAAUUGCAGAUGGAGAUAGAACAAUACAAGUCAACAUCUCCGUACCACUGCGGUGUGAUAACCCAGAAGCACUAGAGAAAUCACCGUCAUUGGGGUAUUCGCUUCGACAACCAGAGUGGAUGUCUAGAGCUGAAGUUGCUAGACUUACUGCCUCAAUACCCCAAGGUGAUGAUGCUCUAGAGGCAUUCGAAUACAUCCAAGCAGAAGCCAGCCUGUUCCUUGAAAACAAGCAGUCUCAGACUGUAGCCCCAGAAAACACAGACAGAGGGCCAACUGUCCGAGUCUGGUUUUAUUUUCCGUCCCUGUCAACCCGCAAAAAGAGGGAUGAUAUGGUCAAUCUGGCACCGGGAUAUGCUCUGACGGGCUUUGUGCUGGCGGGGAAGCCGGGUGUAUUAUGUCUUGAGGGUGCAUCGCCUGAUAUUGACUCCUAUAUGAGUUUCAUCAAGACACAUUCCUGGGGUGAUAUCCCUAGUCAUCAGAAAAAAGUCAGUGAGAGGUUUCGAGAGACAGAGGGUGUUCAGAGAGUGUUUUCGGGGAUGGAGGAAAUUACUGACUCGCUAGGAGAGCGAGGUGGCCAACGGGCCAAUCGGGGUGAUAUGCAAGCGCUGGAGGCGUGGUUAGGAAGCAGAGGACUACAAGAAGCAUUUGAAAAAGUUAUAUUCUAG